AUGCUCAAUGGGUCAAGCCCCCAGGCUGGCAAAAUCUGGAAAAAGGCAAUCCUGACCUUCUUCCUUGAUGGCAAACAAAUGACUGAAACGUUCCUGAUCUGUAAUACAGGGUCUCACGCUGCCAUCUUGGGAUUGAAAUGGCUAGACGCCCACAACCCAGAAAUUGACUGGAAUUUGCGCACCUUGACCUUUCCCCAUGCCCCACCUGAACAUGUGGUCAACGCUGAAGAAGAGGAAGCCAAUCAAAACCCCCUUGAAGGAGUCCCAUCCAAAUAUCACCAAUACGCCAAAGUAUUUGGAGAGGAAAAAUUCAAUAAGCUUCCCCCUCACAGGCAUUACGACAUAGGGAUAGAACUCACGGAGGAGGGUCCCCUCAAUUCACCUCUCUACAGUAUGACUGAUGCCAAGUCUGCCACCCUCAAGGACUGGCUUAGGGAUGAACUCAAAGCUGGGAAGAUCCGUCCCAGCAAGUCGUCCAUCAGCUCUCCGGUUAUGUUUGUUCCCAAAAAGGAUGGAUCCCGUUGCCUUGUAGUUGACUACCGCCGCCUUAAUAACCAAACCAAGAAGAACGUCUACCCCUUACCUUGUCCUGACAACCUGAUGGCCCAGCUCCGUGGCGCCAAGGUCUUCACCAAAUUAGACUUACAAUGGGGCUAUAAUAAUGUUUGGGUCAAAGCAGGUGACGAAUGGAAGACCGCCUUCCGUACCAAAUACGGCCUUUACAAAUCCCUGGUGAUGACUUUUGGUCUGACUAAUGCACCCACGGCUUUUCAACAUUUCAUGAACAAGUUAUUCAAGGAUUUGCUGGAUGUAUGCGUCAUCAUUUACCUUGAUGACAUCCUGAUUUAUUCUAAGGAUGAUGCAUCUCACACGCAACACGUUCAUGAGGUCCUAAGGCAAUUAAUGGAGAACCAAUUAUUCUGUAAGGCGUCAAAAUGCACCUUUCACGCGGUACAAGAAUGGCCAGCACCCACCAAGGUUAAGGAAGUCCAGUUGUUCCUAGGAUUUGCCAAUUUCCUUUGUUGCUUUGUUGCCAACUUCAGCCACAUAGCCAGGCCGCUACACAAUCUUGUCAAGAAGGAUACACCCUGGAAGUGGGAAACAAGGGAACAGGAAGCAUUUCAAGGCCUAAAGGAUGCUAUUACCAAUGCACCGGUACUAUGCCACGCUGAUCCAACUAAACCGUACUUCCUUGAGACCAAUGCCUUGGGUGCAGCACUGGGUUCCAUUUUAAGCCAAAGACAGGAAGAUGGGCACCUCCACCCACUAGGGUUCCUAUCAGAAUCAUUCAAGGGCGCCGAGCAGAACUAUGAUACCCACAACAAGGAACUCCUGGCCAUCAUCCGGUCAUUUGAAUACUGGCGUAUCUUCUUGGAAGGAACCCUGCUUCCCAUCACUGUUUUUACAGAUCACCGGAACUUGGAAUACUGGAGGGAAUCCCGCACUUUCAACCGCUGCCAUGCCCGAUGGCACCUCCUACUGGCUGGCUAUAACUUCCAGAUUGUAUACAGACCCGGUAAACAGUCAGGAAAGCCUGAUGCACUGUCCCGCCAAUCAGACCAUGCCAAUAUUCCUCCCGCAGAUCAAACUAUGCUCCCAGACCCUGUAUUUGCCAACGUCGCCCUAGUUACACCAGAGAAGGAGCUACAACAACAGAUUGAAACAAAUCCAAAGCACCCCCCCUCCAUCAAACGCGCAUUCAAGGAUUACAAGAUGGAGGCUGGCCUGCUAUUCUACCAAGGAUGGAUUGUAGUCCCCAACGUUGGAACACUAAGGACUGACCUACUCCGCAUCUUCCACAAUAGCCCCUUGGCGGGACACCCAGGACAGCAACGCACUCUGGAACUGCUCUCACGUAAUUACUACUGGCCCGGCAUUUGUGCAGACACGUAUUGGCACGUAGACUCCUGUGAAACAUGUCAACAGAUCAGGAAGCCCAAGUAUGUGUCUAUUCCACCUCAGCCACUCAAACUCCCUGUUAGGCCCUGGCAACACGUGUCUUAUGAUAUGAUUGUGGAUCUACCCAAAGACAGAAUCAUAGUGGACAGCUUCACCAAGUACAGGAUCUUUGUCAAAUGCUCCAAAAAACUAAAGGCCCUGGAACUAGCGGAACUGUUCUUAGAACACGUAUGGAAGCGCCACAGCAUGCCGGAGAAAACAGUCUCCAAUAGGGGGAGGGUCUUCAAUAACAAAUUCCUGAAGGCACUAUACAAACGCCUAGGAAUAGACCCCCACUUCUUGUUGGCAUAUCAUCCACAGAGUGACGGUCAAACUGAGCGGGUCAAUCCUUCCAUUGAACAUUUCCUCAGGGCUUACUUGGGAGUUAACCAAAGGGACUGGACCAAAUGGCUCCCAAUGGCGGAGUUUGCAUACAACAACGCCGUGCAUAGCAGUACAGGGAAAACUCCCUUCAAAGCCCUGUAUGGUUGGGAACCUACCUUAACCCCGUCAAACAUGCCAACCAAUGUCCCGGAAGCAGACAAUCUUGCUCAAACAAUGGAGGCCCAAUGGAGGGAAGUGGAAUCAGCGCUCUGGCAGUCCAAACAACGUACAAUAGCCAGAGAAGAGGGAAGCCCAGUGGAAUUCAAAAUUGGAGAAGAAGCUUGGUUGGAUGCCAAAAACGUCAACCUCAAGACACUUAGCCCCAAACUAACAGAACAACGCCUGGGGCCUUUCAAAGUGAUCAAAAAAAUCUCCGACUGGGCUUACCGCCUAGAACUCCCUCCAACCAUGCAAAUCCACAAUGUCUUCUAUGUAGGACUCCUGUCUAAAGUCAAAAGGGACAAAAAGCGCACCUUUGAAAAUUGUCCCCCACCAGUCACCGUGGACGGGGAAGAAGAAUAUGAGGUAGAAGGAAUCACUGACGCUGAAGAAAGGAACGGAAAGUGGUUCUUCCGGGUCAAAUGGAAGGGGUACAGGUCCAAGGAAAACACAUGGGAGCCUCAAGAAAACUUAAAAAAUGCGGAAAAAAUUUUAGAAAAGCACGAAAAAGAAAUGAAAAAGAAGGCCCUUGGCGCUGCCAAGGCCCUUAGAGGGGGGGCAGUGUUGUAG